AUGCCAACCCUCACCGCCUCCUGGCGCAAGAUCGCCACGCUCGACACCCUCCAGCGCUCAUCUCACUCGCUCGCAGUCACAGGCGGGAAGGCUUACAUCUUUGGGGGAGAGUUGAAGCCUCGACAGCCGGUCGAUGCGGAUGUGCAUGUGUUGGAUGUCGAGGAUGGAUCCCUCUCGACCCUCUCCUCCUCCUCCUCGAACUCCUCCCCCUGGCCCCCCUCCCACGUCGGCGCAACCCUCACCUCCUCCUCCUCCUCCGAUACCUCCCUCUAUCUCUGGGGCGGCCGCGGAGGCAAAGACAUGUCCGCCCUCACGUCCGACUCGGGCACGAUUUGGAAGUUCGAUACGAAGGAUCAGCGGUGGGAGGAGGUUGAGACGCGGGGAGAGAGGCCAGAGGGGAGGAGUUAUCAUACGAUGUGUGCGAUGGGGGACACCCUCUACCUCCACGCCGGCUGCCCCUCCGCCGGCCGCCUCUCAACCCUGCACUCCCUCUCCCUCACCACCCUCUCCUGGUCCGCACUCCCCUCCGCCCCUGAACCCGGUCGCGGCGGAACAGUCCUCACUGCUCUCCCUGGUGGGAGGUUCUUGGCGAGGUUUGGAGGGUUCGCGGGGUAUGAGUUGGGUGGGUUGGAUGUGUUUGAUGUGCGCGCAAAGGAGUGGAGGAGUAUUGAGGCGGGUGUAGAGGGAGGAGGCGAAGGUCCUCCGAAACGGAGCGUUCAUGCGUUCGUCGGAUUGAGGGAGGAACUUGAUCUAGGCGAUGGGAGCGGGAAGAAAGUCGUGGCGUUGAUGGCUAUGGGCGAGCGUGAGGCCGCACCAAAAGAGUUAGGCCACGACGGAGCUGGAUUCUUCCACUCAGACUCUUACGCCCUCCUCUCCCAUCCCACCAGCACCUCCACCCUUCCUCAAUUCUCCUGGCUCAAAAUUUCGCCGUCCGGUCCGACUCCCUCUCCGCGCGGAUGGCUCGCCUCGGCGCUUUCGCCUUCGGGCCGAGGGCUCGUCGUGCAUGGGGGACUGGACGAGCGGAAUGAGCGGUUGGGGGAUGCGUGGGUGUUGGAGUUGAGCGUCGAGUAG